AUGGAGCCACUCUGUGGAGCAGUUUGCACGGCUUUUUCUUUGGCCUAUUCCGGCUACUUUUUGACUCACCUGACAAGACACAUCACACGUGGAUGGAGAGAAGCCCAUCCUUCGAGCACAACACCAGCAGCAGAACCUCCUCGGGCUCUCUCUCUUCCUGAAGAUGAGGCUAAAGAGGAGGGCCAUGCCAACGCACCUCCACGUGUUGCCACUCCACGGCCUGAACAUGCCGAAGCAGCCCUGACAGAAGAGCUUUCUACCAGUCAGGACUCUGCAGUGCAGAUGGAAAAGGUGGAGUGGCAGGAGAGGAUGGAUGGAGGGCUCAGUGUCCAGGAGCUCCUACCAAAGCAGCCGGCGGUAGUUGAGAGGAAACCCUCCUUCUCAGAGCGGGAGUUGGCAGUGGAGGAAUGGCAGCUCCAGAAGGAUCUGCUGAAGGAGGAGAAAGCUGACCUUACCCAGGCACUGGCAAAGAAAGACAUUGAGGGGCUGCAGCGUGUCCAGAGAAGGGCAAGGGAGCUUGGGAAGGUUCUGGAGCACAAGUCUGAUGAGGAGCAACUGAGGGAGCUGCGGGUGUUCAACCUGGAGGAAGGGAGCGUGUCUAUUGGCUGUUACAGAGGCGUGGUGCUCUUCUGUGCCUCACUGAAGCAACAGCGCCUCACCAGUCAGGUCUUCACCAUCUUAAAGCAACAGCGGACCAUUCUGAGCAUUUCCCAGAGUGUGCCAUGCGGCAGAUGCUCUGAAACUUUGAGCCCACAGAUUCCAAAGUGGCAGGGUCUGGCUCUUUGCACAGAGCUCCCCAGGAAGGACUCUAACUGUCAUUUGUCCCGCUUUCAGAUUUGCCAUCAGCCCCAGUCAGCUAGCAGGGGUCUGGAGCAGCUGCUCCAGGACUUCUCUUGCCAAGGGCACGCCCUGGCCCAGGUGACCAGAGAGAAGGAGCUGCUGGUGCAUGAGAGGGCUGCCCUAGAGGCCCGAGUGGCAGCCCUGGAGCGGGACCUACAAGGCCUUUCAGAGCAGCUGGCAGAGGCCAGGUCUGCGAAGGAGAGCGUGCAAUGCAGCCUCUUUGAGGCUCAGCAGCACGUUUCUCAGCUGGAGAUGGUCAGGAGUCACCUGCAACUCCAAGUGCACACAAUCACGCAGGCCAAGGAGGUGAUACAAGGGGAUGUCAAGUGCCUUCGGCGUGACCUGGAAGCACAGAGCUCCCUCCUGAAGCGGGAACGGGAAGAGGUGGCACAACAGCUGCAGUGGGCAGAACAGCAGUGCAGCCGUACGCUCGGGCUUUGGGAAUGUGCUCACCAAGAGGAAAAGAGAAAGCUCCUGCAAAAGCUGGUAGGAAUCAAUACACCUCUGAAUUUCUCAGGCAACCUUUGUGACUGCCCGUAGCAGAAGAACAGC